AGAAGGAAAAGAUGCUCAAAUGCUCGUAUCUACUUUGCAGGUAUGUAGAAGCAAUGACUUGUUUGUUAUUUCCUUGAGUCAGCACCUCUAUGAUAAGAUCAUAUCGGCAAGGUUAUUUUCAUUCGUGAAGUUAUUGCUCAUGUUCAAAUAUCGAAUAGUUUCAUGCGCUGUCGAAUCCUUGAUUCUGAUCGGUCUGAAGUUGUUGAUUGAUUUCCUGUAACACUGUCGUCAGAGUAGUUAAUACUAACAUGCUCAUUAUAAUUCAUUAUCGUUUCUAUAGGAACAACAUUCUCGGGGAAUUGUACGGCAAUGCUCUGUAUAAAACGUAUUUUGUGUUCGUGUCUUCUGUAAGGAGAUGCUUAUUUUAAAAUAAACUCGUCAUUCUAAUAUAAAAAAUUGGAAAAUUGCACAUUUUAAACUUAAAUAACGAAGAUUAAUGAGAAGAAAACUGCAGCUUGACUUCAUCGUACCAGAUUGUUUUCCUAUAACAUAAUGAAAGAACAUGACGAGUAAAACACUGGCAGUAAUGUAUUAUCGAAUAUUUUAUUCUCACUUAGAUCAUCUGUUUUAUGAAGAUCGAAAAUACAAGACUGAAAGAUUCAGAUCUGAUUCAAAGCUUGUCCUGCUUGAUCAGAUAGAGAGAGACAGAGUAAACUUAAUUACAUUGGUUUCAUAAUCAUAUAUCUGCAAAGGGAAUACAGAGAAUGAUCAUCUCCAGUGAAGAUAAAUGAGUCACAAUAAAUGACGAGUCUCAGACAGUUUUGUUUACACAACAGGGCUUUCACGUCCUCUCCGACCUUACGAGCUGAAGAGGAGGACAAAAUGCCGAUGUCAUCACAGGACCGUUUGUAUGACCAGGCAGCCAGAGUCAUCCAAAGGACAUGGAGGAAGCAUGCUAACAUCAUAAUUUUCAAGUACUUCAAGAAUCUCGUGAGCUUCAGAAAUCAAGGUGCUCCAUGUCUCCUGCUCAAAUAUGUCAACCCCAGAGAGGCCGAUAUUUUGGAUGCCGCUUCCGGAGUCUACAUGCGAUUCAGACUGGGCGGAACCAGCUUUCCCCCAAACAUCUACUACAAAAUCUUCACACACAGGCCAGUAGUAGACCUGUGUGCCAGCAGCCCCAAAGACUACACACAUGCCGGGCAGAAGAGAGCCGUCGCACAGCAGGUCCAUAAUGGCCUUCCGCUGGUUCAGGAUGACCGUUCUGGUUGGUACCGUCGGGUGGAGAACAACGGCUGGAGGCUGCUCUCUGGCAAGAUUUGCCAUCAUGGAGACCCCGUCACUCAAGACACGAGUUCUAAAAGGACCGAGUUCCACCACUGCAAACUCAUUCGACGGCAAGACGCCGAAAGAAAGAAGAAGAUCCGAAAAAUUGAGUGGAUGAAAAAAAUGUAUGAAGAAAGGGCUCUACAUGCUCACACUGAGCACAGAGACACUGCAGCGCUGGUGGAGAAUUCAGCUGAGGGUAUGAUGUGGGCAAUCGAACAGCUCGGACAUGGCACCAUCGUAGACUGGGAGGUAGAUGAGCUGAUCGAGUGGACCAAUGCCCUCAACUUUGAUGAGUAUAUAAACGAAUGGAAGCUUGUGGGUACCAGUAAAUCUUCAAUGCUUCAGAAAGAUAAGCAGCAGGUUCUCUCUGUAUAUGACCCCCAGGAGUUCUCCCAGCUCAUGUGAUAUAACACCAUCGGCGCUUCCCUCUAUUAGCCACAAGAGGGCACACUGUUAAUUUACUGCAGCUUUAUAAAUGUGAUAUAUA